CACUACCUAAGGCUUUUCUCACAUCCAACAGCGAAACAAAAUCUUAGUAAACACAACUCAACAAAAUCGCCUUAUCACAAAAAAAAAAGAGAAAAUCAAAACACAUGACUAUGGGUCUGAAGUUCUUUACAUGCCUUGUUUUGACGGUCUGCAUUGCCGCAUCAGUAGAUGCAGCACUCACAUGUGGUACAGUGACAAGUAGCUUGGCUCCAUGUGCCACCUACCUAUCGAAAGGUGGGGCGGUGGUGCCGGGUCCAUGUUGUGCGGGAGUAAAAAAAUUGAAUGAUAUGGCUCAAACCACACCGGACCGCCAACAAGCAUGCAAAUGCCUAAAGGCCGCUGCAAAAAGCAUCAAUCCAAGUCUAGCCUCCGGCCUUCCUGGAAAGUGCAGUGUUAGCAUUCCCUAUCCUAUCUCCAUGAGCACCAACUGCGACAAUGUCAAAUGAAGUGGGACGCAUAUCAUUGUGUGGAUGAUGAGUAUGGUUUACCAUAAGUAAAAUAAAAGGGUCUAUGUACGCUGACCUCACCAUGCUCUAGGUUGUCUUGUUUGAUUUCUUUUGUUGUUGUUGAAAGUUUGUCAUGUUACUUUGUAAUCUUUUGGUCUAGAUAUUGUAUCUUAAUUAUGUUUAAGAUAUGACAAUAGUAACUUAUGAAUCAUCUAUUA